AUCCGUUUUCCAACAUUCCACAUGUGAAUCAGUAUAAGCGUCGUAUGGAAAUAUUAUAGGAGAACAAAAACAACCUGUUCAGAAUUGUGAUGGUGAGCUCAUGGAUGAACGUGAAGGCUGAUCCGCCGAGCUGAGUCGAAGUAUCCAAUACAAAGUCCAGCUACCGACUACGGCAAUUUGUAUUCCUAAAACUAUAAAUUGAGAGGUGUCAAGAAGGAUCUGAGCCUUACAAACAUUUAUUAUGGAUUCUUCACAAUCUGUCGCUCGCGGUGCCUCCCAAUUCAAAAUUGCUGUUGUAGGUGGCGGUCUUGGUGGAUUAACACUUGCAUCCGUCUUACAACAUUCUUACAAGAUCGAGUGCAUCGUCUUUGAGCUCGACGACACCGUCGAUAGCCGUAACCAAGGUGGAAGUCUCGAUCUUCACGUUGAAUCUGGUCAACUUGCUCUCGAAAAAGCUGGGUUAACUGAUCAGUUUCGAAAGCAUGCCAGAUACCAAGGACAGGAUAUUGUACUCGCAGAUAUGACUGGCAAGAUAUUGAUGCAACAUGUCGGUAGCGAAGGACCAACUGGAGGAGAACUCGAUCGUCCAGAGAUUGAUCGUACAGUUCUACGACAAAUGCUUAUUGAUUCCCUUGAUGAGGAUACAAUUCAAUGGGGAAAGAAGGUGAUCAAGAUCGAAGAGGAAUCCAAGGACAAGGAAAAUGGUAAUCAUCGCCACACGCUCACAUUUCAAGACGGCCGAACAGGAACCUUCGAUCUGGUUGUUGGAGGCGAUGGUGCAUGGUCGAAAAUUCGCAAAUUUGUAUCCGAAACAACCCCAUCUUACGCAGGCGUCACUUUCAUUGAAUGUCGAUUGUCCAAUGUGGACAUUGAUCACCCAAAAGCGUCGAAAAUGGUCGGCAACGGAACAUUCUGGGGACUGCAAAACAACAAAGGCCUACUGUGCCAACGAAACGGUGAUGGCUCUAUUCGUGUAUACGUCACACUUCGUAUAGAAGAAAACGGUCUUUCUCACCUUGAUUUUUCUAACCCUGAAAUCCCACGAAAGCAUCUCAUGGACAUAUUCAGCGAUUGGGAUGAUUCAUUGAAGGCGCUGAUUGAGGAGAGUUCAGCAUUCAUACCGCGCGGUAUCUAUAUGCUACCAACCGACUAUACAUGGAAAUCGCAUCCUGGAGUGACAUUGAUUGGUGACGCUGCUCAUUUAAUGACACCUUUUGCCGGUGAAGGUGCGAAUAUGGCAAUGCUCGAUGGUGCCAACUUGGCAGCAGCUAUAUCUGAGAUAGUGCAUAAUGGCAAAGAUCUUGCGACUACUAUCGAAAAGUUUGAAAAAGAUAUGCAUAAUGUCGUUAUGGAUUUCGCCAUCGAAAGCUUGGAAAACAUGGAUACGCUCAUAUCAGAGAAUGGUCCUCAAGCAGUUCUGAAAAUGUUUUCAAUGAUGCGUGACGAUAAUGCUGCCCCAUGAUAAACACUUUCUUUGAGGUCAAAACAACAAAACACUUCCUACUUCAGGACGCAUAUAUCAAAUAUAUUCAGAAUAGUUAAUUAGUGAAUUAGUGAAUUAUUUAGAUUAUCUCAUGAAAAAUCACAAAUGUGUACAAUAAAAGAAAUAUAGAAAGCAG